AGUUCCCAUGGCUACAUUGAGCGUUAUGGCGGCUCGUGUAUGAAGACCUUGAUGAUGAUGAUGAUGAUGAUCUGGAGGAUGAUGAUGAUCUCCUGGCUGAGCUGAAUGAGGUGUGGAGGACGAUGAUGAUGAAGAGGUUCAGAAACCUGCCACCCCUCCCAGCUCAACUCCACCCCCCGCUCCACCCCCACACUCCCAGCACUCCUAGUGGUACAACCGGGCUGGAGGCCUGCCUGGCUGAACGCAUUGACAUGUACCAGACAGCCAUCUCCAACGCCAAUGCAGAGGGGGAGACCAGCAAGGCUCGCAGAUACGACCGCGGAUUGAAGACGUUGCAGUCCAUGAUGACGUCAGCCAAGAAAGGAAAACCGAUCAACGAAGAGGAAAUCCCGCCUCCUGUCUCCACAGGUGGAAAGCCUUCCCCAGCCCCCGUGCAGCAGCCUGAACCAAUCAAAGAGCGGGGGCUGCCAACCCCAGUGCUGACACCCUCCCCGUUCACCAAUCAGAAGCCUCUGAGGGAGGCUCCGUCUGUUGCCCCGCCUCCCAAGCCCCGCCUCCUGGUCCCCCCUCAGAAACACACUGCCGUUACCCCGGAUACGCCCGCAAUCUCCCCCCUCACCCCCAUUCAACCAGACGCACGGCACUCAGAGUUGAAGCAGUGUGUUCUAAACAGACAGAGGGAGUAUAAGCUGGCAGCCCUCCACGCCAAGCAGGGAGGAGAGUCAGAGCUGGCCAGACAACACUACCACAUCGCCAAG